AUGGCAGCCUCCAGCCGCGCACAAGUGUUAGAUCUUUACCGGGCGAUGCUGAGAGAAAGCAAGCAUUUCAGCGCCUACAAUUACAGAACUUAUGCUAUCAGGAGGAUAAGAGAUGCCUUCAGAGAAAAUAAAAAUGUAAAGGAUCCUGUAGAAAUUCAGAACCUAGUGAAUAAAGCCAAAAGAGACCUGGGAAUAAUUCGUCGACAGGUCCACAUCAGCCAACUGUAUUCCACGGACAAGCUUAUCAUUGAGAACCAGGAGAAGCCCCGGACCUAG